AUGUCCCCCACCUGCGUCGCCUUUGCCUGGGUNUCCUUAAAUGCCUGGUUCUGGUCCACCGUUUUCCACACGAGGGACACAGCUGUGACGGAGAAACUGGAUUAUUUCUGCGCCUCGGCCGUCGUCCUGCACUCCGUGUACCUGUGCUGCGUCAGGUGGCUGCGGUGGUGCCUGCGCAACCGCCCGCGCCUGCCCCACGUCUGGAAGUGCGCGGCCGUGGUGCUGCUGCUGCAGGCACUGGCGCUGCUGGAGCUCCUCGACUUCCCCCCCCUGUUUUGGGUGCUGGACGCCCACGCGCUCUGGCACAUCGGCACCAUCCCCCUCAACGUCCUCUUCUACAG